CGAGUUACGUCAAAACCUUGAGGACGCUGCGUUAUCUGGGGGGGGGGAGAGAGCAACGGAGGCUGAAGAGAGACAAGUACAAAGGGAGAGUGGAGCGGCGGAGUCCAAGUUGUUCGUGCGCGUCGCUCCAAAAGGCUGCGCCGAUGGCAUCCGUACUUGGAAACAACAGCCGCGCGUCCGGAGCUCAGAGCGGCCAGGUUAAAUGUAAGCUGAAACGGAGGAGGAGGAGGCGAUCAAAGAGGAAAGAGAAAGUCAGUAUGCUGUCAGCAUUGAUCGCUCCCUUCAAGUACAUAAGCCCUGGGACCAGCAGCACAGAGGACGAGGACAGUUUAAGUACCAGCAGCGCCGAGGUAAAGGAAAACCGUAACAUUGGUAACUUAGAGGAUCACUCUAUCGGAUCUGCCGAGUGCCAGUCGCUUUUCUGCUCCGACUCUGCGAGAAGCGGGAGCUCUGGACUGAAGAGGAAACGACCGCUGGAGGAAGACAACAACGGCCACAUGUGUCAGCUCCGUUUCAUCUACAAGAAACUGUCUUGGUCUGAGGCACCGAAGAACGCUUUAGUGCAACUCAAUGAGCUUCGACCGGGCCUCCAGUACCGAAUGGUGUCUCAGACUGGCCCGGUCCACGCUCCUGUUUUCUCUAUUGCUGUGGAGGUUAAUGGACUGACCUUUGAGGGCACAGGUCCUACAAAGAAGAAAGCUAAGAUGAGGGCUGCAGAACUCGCCCUCAAGUCCUUCAUUCAGUUCCCAAAUGCACCUCAGGCCCACUUGGCUAUGGGCAACAUUUCCAACCCUUCGGCUGACUUCACCUCUGACCAGGCGGACUUCCCAGACACACUCUUUAAGGAAUUUGAGUCUUCACCUUGCUCUGAUGGACUCUCUUUCUGCAACUCGGCAGCUGAGAGUGAGCUACUAUCGAGCGAGCUCCUGAGACAUGGACGGUUACUCCGCCAUACCUUGGACCUGAUGGUACAGGCUCAGCAGAGGUUGGGUGGGAUUGUUCCAGAGCCCGAGGUUCCUAAAAGCCCCGUUGCGUUGCUGAAUGAGCUCCGACCGGGCCUACGUUACGCGUGUCUUUCAGAGCGAGCCGAAGGCCGUCGGCUGCGUAGCUUUGUGAUGGCGGUGCGUGUGGACGGACGGAUAUUUGAGGGCUGUGGUCGCAGCAAGAAGCUGGCCAAGACCCAGGCGGCUCAGUGUGCUCUUCAGGCCCUCUUCAACAUCAGGACAGCCCCCGAGGGGAGGACAAGCCUCAAAGCCAGCAGGAAGAGUUGUCCUCAUUUACCCCAGGACUUUGCCGAUUCAAUAUUCCACUUGGUGAGAGAGAAGUACCGGUCGCUGGUGGGCGGCUGCAGUCCUGCGCACGCUCGACACAAAUCCCUGGCAGGCAUCGUAAUGACCCGAGACCUGGACCUGAGACACGCCCAGGUGGUAGCUUUAUCCACCGGCACCAAGUGCAUCAACGGGGAGUAUCUGAGCGACCAGGGCCAAGUGGUCAACGACUGCCACGCUGAAGUCACGGCGCGAAGAGCCCUGCUACGCUUCCUCUACGCUCAACUAGAACUCUUCUUAAGUAAAAGACCAGAGGACUGGGACGAGUCGAUAUUCGUGCGACACAAGGAGUGUAGUUACAGGUUGAGAGAUAACGUCCAUUUCCACAUGUACGUCAGCACCUCGCCAUGCGGAGACGGGAGGCUCAACUCGCCCUACGAAAUCACCACCGACCUGCACAGCAGCCGACACCUCAUGAGGAAACAUCGCAGUCACCUGAGGACCAAAAUCGAGUCGGGGGAGGGGACGGUACCGGUGCGAUGUCGAGGACCCGUUCAGACUUGGGACGGCGUCUUACAGGGCGAACAGCUCAUCACCAUGUCCUGCACCGACAAGAUCACCAGAUGGAACGUCCUGGGCCUGCAGGGGGCGUUGCUGAGUCACUUCGUGGAGCCGGUUUACCUGCACAGUUUGACCGUGGGCAGCCUCCGCCACACGGGUCAUUUGGGCCGAGUCCUGAACCAGCGUCAGGAGCGACUGGGUCCUUUGGCAACAACUUAUAGACGGAACCAGCCCCUGCUCAGCGGCCUGAGCUGUGCAGACUAUCAGCAGGCGGGGAAGGCCUCAUGCGUGAGCGUCAACUGGACGCUGGGUGACGCUCAGUUGGAGGUGGUAAACACCGCCACGGGACGGAGGCGGGACUCGGGGACGCCGUCGCGACUCUGCAAACACACCCUGUUUACCCGGUGGAACAGACUUAACCGCAAGUUGGGGAUCCACGUCUCCGGUUCGGCCGACCGCCAGCUCAUGUACAGUGAGGCCAAGAUGGCGGCGCGUCCUUACCAGACAGUGAAGCAGCAGUGGUUCAGGUCGCUCCAGGAAACAGGACUCGGUACCUGGGUCAAGAAACCGCCAGAGCAGGAACAGUUCCUGCUGUCCAUCUGAGACAACGUGUGUUUGUGUGAGAGACUUUGUUUAACCUUUAUUUUUUUAGAGUAAGAUGUCUCCUCAGUCUUCACCACCUCAGACGUUCCAAAAGUAACCUUUAAACAUAAGGCUUUCACCGCUGUUUCAUUCAUGAUGUGAUGUCCAUCGACCCCACAUGCCAAAAUAUAGGUUAACUCAGGGGUGUCAAACAUACGGCCUGUGGGCUAAAAACCGGCCUACCAGAGGGUCUAACGGGGACCUUGGAAUGAAUUUGUGAAAUGCAAAAAUUACACUGAAAAUAUUAACAGUCAAGGGUGUUAAAAUCAUUUUAGUUCAGGGGCCACAUACAGACCAGUGUGAUCUCAAGUACACCAGGUCAGAAAAAUAUCAAAUCACAUCAGAUUUU